UUCAGCAUGGGAGGGAAACAACUUAGUUCAGUAAUUCAGUUGGUGUUGUCGUGUUUUGUUUGUCACUUUUGUCAGUGUACGGCAAGUAAAGAUUGUCUACAAUUGUCAAUUGUAACAGUAUUUUUACAAAUGUAAACAGUUUUAUUCGUAUGUGGGACGCAAGUUGGUAAUGUGCUCAUUGUAUUAAGUAAAUUAAAUCAAGAAUGGAUGGUGAAAUCGGACUUCUUUCUGACGAAAUGUUGGAUCUGUCUUUAAGUUUUGAAAGCACUGCAGAAUUCGACUUGUCAUUCCAAAGAAAAUCUCACAUAUCGGAUAACAUUUUUCAAAAUGGUGACAGAUUAUUGAAUAGUAUAGAUAACUCGUUGAGUAUACAAAAGAAUGGUACUGCUAAUACAACAAAUUACCAAUCUCAGAAUGAUUCGCAUAACUCAACGGGAAUGUCUGAAGGCUUGUCACUUUAUUAUAAACAAUCCCCUUCAACCGGCAAGAUAAAAGAAUUGAAACAAGUAAUGUUGGAGGCAAAUGAAGCCUAUAACCUGUGGAUGUCUAGCCAGCUGAUACUGGACAGCGUUAAGAUGUGCGAGAAACAAGUCGAAGGCGAGCUCUCUGACCGAGUCAAACAGAUUCGAGCCAGUGCCAACCUGAAACAGUUAACUCAGCUCAGGAGCAGGAGUGGAGAGGUGUUGAACAUACUGGGUCUUGAAGAGGCUGACGUUGAAGCAGAAGCCAAUGAGUCGUUGUCCAUUGCAGAAAGUGGUGAACUGAGAGAUCGAGUUGUCACAAUUCUGAGAGCUACGGUUCACCGGUUGAGUACUCAAAGGAAGGAGUUGAAAGGAGUGCUGGGUGUCCACUGCCAGAAAGUAACACCUGCUGAUAGUGUAUUAUGUGAGGAACGGGAGAGGUUGGCAGUUCUGCACCACCAGGUGCGGCAACAGCUGGAGCAGGCAGGCCAACUGUUGGUAGAUUCGAACAGAACGAUGCAGCAGUUGGCACAACUGGUGCAGUGUGCCACACAGGAUCUGAGGGUUGCCAGUUACGUCUCGCUCAAGGACAAGGCAAAAUUUUUGCACAACAAUACCAGUAUGCUCAAGCACAAAAUGGACCAGGAAGCUUAUAUGAACCAGAACCACACAAAGGCCAUCAACACUCUCGGGGACAACUUAAAAACUGCCUUGAACAGUGCGAGUGAACAACUGAAGAGCCUUCAGAAGGCACUGGGAGAGUACCAAAAGAAAGAAGAGACGUCCAAAAGAUACAGAGAAAUCGUCUCCGAGUUUGCCAGAACCAAGAGACAUCUGCAUCACAAGUACCAGACUCUCAAAGUUCUUAACGAUCCAGAUGUCAGUUUUUCUUGAAUAUAUCACCAAUUGUGUUCCAUACUACCCAACGUUAGAGGAUACUGUUAUAAAUGAUAUAGUUUUAUAUUUUGUACAUUAUAACUUUACACUGUUGUA